GCCCACCCACCUGAGCAGGAAGAAGACCUGACCUGCACAUGUAGUCUCACCUCUCUCUCUCUGUGUGUGUCUGCGCGCGUGUGUUGUGUUGUGUGUGUGUCCGCCAUGUCCGCACUUAGAAGCUGCUUGCGGCUGCUCGUGCUCGUCGCAGUCUCCGUCCUGGUCGCGCUGCUGUUGCGACACUGGAUCGCCACCAAACAGCACGUGUUCGACAGGGAGGAAAUCGCCAAAUUGGCCAAACAGUACUCAGGACAGGAUCAUGAGCAGGCCUUCUCCAAAGUGGUGGUGGAGCUCAGGAAGAGGUAUCCUGGCCACAUCCUGCCGGACGAGGACCUUCAGUGGGUGUUUGUGAACGCCGGAGGUUGGAUGGGCUCCAUGUGUCUGCUCCACGCUUCACUCACAGAGUACCUGCUGCUGUUUGGUACCGCGGUCGACACAGGAGGACACUCAGGUCGUUACUGGGCAGAGAUUUCUGACACUAUCAUCUCCGGCACCUUCAGACAAUGGAAGGAGGGGACAACCAAGAGUGAAGUGUACUACCCUGGUGACACCAUCGUACAUGGUGUCGGCGAGGCGACGUCAGUCCAGUGGAGCGCCGGGACGUGGAUGGUGGAAUACGGCAGAGGUUUCAUCCCGUCCACGCUGGGAUUCGCUCUGGCUGACACGCUGUUCAGCACCCAGGACUUCCUCACGAUGUUCUACACUGUCCGUGUCUAUGCCAAGGGUUUGCUGCUGGAGGCCGGGACGCUACUUACAGAAGCAGGAGUUUUCUAAGGCGAGGUCGAGGCUCGGAGGAGCUGCACACGGACAGUAAACUCACAAAGAUCACUGUGUCAAGCUGUUUUUACCCCCAGACAAGUACAAUCUGUGCCGGAUGAAGUUAAAGAAAUCCAAAAUCUCUCUCUCUCUAUAUCUAUAUAUAUAUAUAUGAAAUUGUAGACAAUCGAAAAUCGCUGCAGCACAAAUGAUUCCGUCGUCAUUCUCCCCUCUCGAAGGAGGAGAAGGUCUUUUGUCUAAACAUUAACACAGUGACGUCAAACUUCUCUAAAAAGGUUAUUCUAAAUCUAGUCUGUCACAUAGAAUCCCUUAGCGAUCGACAUUAUCUGCCUCUGCACAACAAACAUUACCCUGAGAGCUCAAACUGCCUACAUACUUGGUGACGUCUUAAUACCCAUUAAAAAUACACAUUGUUCAUAUUGUUUUAGAAUCUGACUUCAGGAUUUAAUGCCUGAAGAACCUUACAACUAAGACAAUGUAUGAAACCAGGUUUUGGAGCAACAUUUAGAAAAACUAAAUAUCAGUAACUGUUGUUCAUCUUUGCCCAUUUAGGGCUCAAAUAAUCACUCUUAAACAAAUGUAUGCAAUAAUUAAUUUGGCUUUUAAAACAAAUGCAAAAUACAUGAUGCAAAGCCAAAGCCACUAUUUUCUUAGUAAAUACCUGUUUCAUGUUUAUAUGCAUAAGGAUUCUCAGUAAAUGAUGAACUUUUGUGAUUCUAGUUGUAUUAGGAUCAUAUCCUGAUCUUCUGCUGAUCUGUUUGUACAAUAUAUUCACUAUUUCAGACUGCACAGCAAUAGAUUUAUUACAGUGGAGCAAUAUUUCUUCUUUUCUCACAAUCUCAAGAUUUUCAGCUCAAAACUUGUAAUUUAUAACUAUAAUGCACUAAAUUCACACCACAUAUUGUACAUACUAUGUCGUACAGUUAGAAACAUACAUGUUCUAGAGCCCUUUAAAAUGUUAACGUGAUUCAUUUGUCUGAAAAUAUUGAGAAACGUACAAAGUAUUCUAGAGCUGCUAUUCUUUCUGUAACUGUAACUAUGGAGACAAGUUCAAUCAGAGUUUUGUAAGAUAGAGACAAAAGCACUUAAAGAAUCCUGAAAAAGAGAAGACUGUCAGGCCCAAGGUGGCAGGUAGAUGAUAUCCUGUCCCCCAAUUAUCCACUCGUCUGAUUCAUAACAUCUGGGAAACAUGUCAAGUUCAAACCAUUGGAGUGCAGUCAGCUCUCUCCCCCGUCAUCAGGAGCCUGGUCUUAUUAACCAGAUUUAACAGAUGGCUGCCGAUUAAGGACUUAGCUUGAAUGAGUUUUAGUUUCUGACCGAGCUUGAAGGCGAGGGCUGGAAUUUUGCAACUUGCCCAACAAGGGGGAAAACAAAACACUAAUCACAGACUAAUCUCCACUUUUUAAUAUAUCACUGUGUAGAAAUGGAAAUCUAAUAUGUGUAUUAUAAAGUACUGCUGCUGAAUCUCCCAUCUACAGCUUCUACUCUCCAUCAGUGACCACACACACACACUAAUUUACCUUAACGGGAGUCAACAAGUUAACACACAGCAGCUUGCUCGGAUGGAAAACAAAGCAAAAUGCGAGAUUGUCAUAAAACCUCUUUGUACCUGACAUGCUGACGACCGGAUGUGCAAUUUACUGUAAAGACUGAAACUGACUGUGGCAGAUGAAAUAAAUAUUUCUGGAGGAAAACAA